CUGCGGAGCUACAUACUCGACCACCACCUCCAUACGUUCAUGAACCCAGUUACGUGCAGAAGGCUUCUCCAACCAAAUAAUGGGCCAACCGCCGCAGCAAGUCCCCGCGUCAUGGACAACUCUGCCGCCGCCAUGGCCGCUGCAUACAAAAGACAGCUGGACUCCUCCAUUGCCUUGACCAUUAUUGUCCUUCUUACUGCCUUUUUCUUCAUAGGAUUAGUGUCCUUCUUAAUCCGCCGUUCGUCCGCCGAGGCACGGCCGGAUGAGCAGGGAGGCGCGGCUGAGGCGGUGGCGUCACUGCCGCUGGUGACGUACACACAGCAGCAGAUGAUGGAGGAGUGCCCGAUCUGCUUGAGCGAGUUCGAAGAGGGAGAGACCGUGAAGCUCAUCCCCUAUUGUGGUCACGUGUUCCAUGCCAAAUGCGUUGACACGUGGCUUCAUCUGCACGUGACCUGCCCCCUCUGUAGGUCUGACCAACUUUUCAAGACGCCUCAGCAGUCUUGAUUCCAAUUAUUCUACGUUUAUGUUGUCUUUCUAAAUCAUCUACUGUUUCUAUAUUGUGGGUUGCACAUAGGGAUGGUGUUUUUAGAGUAGAAAUAGAUCCACGUGGCACAUGCAUCGAGAAAUAUAUGAGCUAGUGCAGAA